GAGAGUACAAAAAGAACAUUGGAGGAAACUUGCAAAGAACUUGAAGCAACAAACAACACACUUCUUAGUACUAGUGAAGAGCUAACUACAACAAAGACUGACCUCGAAAACACAAGGCAAACCCUAGUUGAGACAUGCUCUAACUUGGAAAACACUAAAGCAAAACUUCAAGAUACUGAAAUUACACUCACCGAAACAAUCAAUGUUCUUAAUUCAACAAAGCAAGAGUUAGAUAGUACAAACGAAGAACUCUCAAAUACCAAGAAUUCUUUGAAAGCCACUGAGCUUGAAUUGAGUGAUACAAAGGAA